AUAACAAUUAGCCGUACAGGAAAACAGUAUAUAGCGAGAUGAUUAAAUGGAUUGCAUUAGGAAAUGAUAAUUACUUACAUUUUCAACAAAUAUACUCGAAAUUAAUAUCAUGCAUCGUUCAAUGAAUUGACGAGAAGAAAACAAAAUGUUUAAUUGCAAAUCAGUUUCUGAUAAACAAGAACGAGAUGCUAUUAUGGAGAGAAUCAAGAAGAAAGAAAACGAACUUCAAGACAUAUGUUCCUACAUUGACUUAAUUGAGACCGAACGAGAACUGGAUGAGAAAAUUAUAAAAGCUAAUGAUAUAAAAUCCUUUUUGAGCGAAACAUCGACAGCUAGAAGAGCUGAUUACGAGAAGGAGGCCGGGGGAUGCACAAUGAGUAAAUCAGAACUGCAGCGGAAUAUUUACUUCUUAUCUCUUAACCAAUUGAUUCUGAGUUGUCGGAACACAAAAACAUCACACCGUAUUACCGGGACCAGUGUUGGUAAUGUAGAUUUUGCUUCGAUGACAGACACAAACUUUGUCGAUUUACUUGACAAGAGACGAUCUCGAAGAGGCCUUCAGAGAGAAGGACCUCGAUGAAGACGGGAAACGACUUUUUAGAUUUGCUAUGCGGACCAUCUCAGACGAAACUAUAAAGAGCAAAAUGUGUGAAGUUGAACUAACUGUUUAUCUGGCUCACAACAGCAAAAUCACUAUCAGUAAAGGAGCUCCAAAACAGAAAAUUGUCAUACUCCUGGAUGAGAAAAACGAACCUAUCCUAUUGGGAAACUAAAAGUAGUCCUUAACGAAAUGUUUAUAGUAAGUGUAAGGCUAUAAUAAGGCUAUUUUGUGUAUAUCGAUACGUUUCGUCAACGAAUUAGAUUAUUAUUCUAAGUUUCUAGCCUGGUCUCAGCAAGUUCUAGCAUUUGACCGGCUACAUUAUAAGCGCAAUCAACUGUUGUGUUUUGAAACAGUUACUGCUCUUUGAAUUCAAACUUGUUUCAAUAGAACUGCGACUUGUGCCUUAGUACAGAUGUAUCUCUAUGCAUUUGAAAAGAAUGAAUGUCGUCUAUAUUGUUAAGACUGUUCUGUAUAUCUAACAAUUCACAGAGCAUCGUCUUAUAUAUCCGAGCAUCUACCUCUAAACCAUAGCACAUUAGACGAUAACCCAAAAAAAUAUUUUGUUAAUUUUCAUUUUAACAUGUUUUUAAAUAUCCGAGUAGGCGACAUGUGGAUAUUUAGCGUCAAUCAUAACGUCAUGAUGUUCACGCACUGAUUC